CCGCUUACAGCACGGCGCUCGGCACGAUCAGCUGGUUAAGCUCAGCUCACGUUUUUUUUUUUUUUUUUUUUUCGGGUAGGGCAUGCCUCGUCGCCGUCCUUUCAUCCGCAGGAGAAAUAAAAAAACAUCCGUUGGAAUGACGCAGCGGCAGCAGGGACGGGAACCAUGGCGACUCUCCCUCCUGGUCCCACCGGUGUGUCGGAGCGAGUGACGGGUUGGUGCCACUGAUGUCAGCUUGCGACUCCAGCGGAGAGCACUCACCAUGAAUGGGGAGCACACAGACGUCCUGUCCCCGAGAGAUUUGGUCAGAGGCCGAUGGAGAGUUGUGAGAAAGAUAGGCGGGGGCGGCUUCGGGGAGGUCUACGAGGUCGUGGACCUGCAGGAUGGAAACUGUAUUGUCGCUAUGAAGGUGGAGUCUGCCACCCACCCCAGACCGGUGCACAGGACAGAGGUGGCUGUGUUGAGGAAGUUGCAGGGUAAGGAUCACGUGUGUAGGUUUGUUGGCGCUGGACGAACUGAGCGAUACAACUAUGUGGUGAUGGAACUACAGGGAAAGAACCUGGCGGAUCUGCGCAGAAGCACAGGCCGUUCAACAUUUUCCGUCUCAACUACACUGAGACUCGGCAAGCAGAUUCUACAAGCCAUUGAAAGCAUCCACUCAGUGGGCUUCCUGCACCGAGACAUUAAACCGGCUAACUUUGCAAUAGGAAGACAAGCCAGUAACAGUCGUUGCUGCUAUAUGCUGGACUUUGGUUUGGCUCGUCAAUAUAUGACCCUGCAAGGCCUGCGUCCACCUCGUGAUGUGGCAGGCUUCAGGGGAACUGUGCGAUACGCUUCGAUCAAUACUCAUAGAAAUAAGGAAAUGGGUCGCCAUGACGAUCUGUGGUCCUUCUUCUACAUGUUGGUUGAAUUCAUGUCUGGUACGCUGCCAUGGAAGAGAUUUAAAGAUAAGGAACAAGUAGGAAAUCUAAAAGAAGCAUAUGACCAUCGCCUGAUGCUUAAUCACCUACCAUCUGAAUUCAGUGCCUACCUGGAUCACAUCGUCAGCUUGGACUAUAACACAAUUCCAGACUACAAGCUCUUGAUGUCACUGUUUGAGAGCGCUAUGGAAAGCCACAAUGUGCGGUCAAACGACCCCUACGACUGGGAGAGAUGCGACCCCGAGGACAUGCUGACCGUUGCUGCGGCGGUGCCGACCGGCCAGGAGCUUACCCGCCUCACGCCGGCCCAUUUGGGCAUGGCCAAUGCUUCAGUGCUGCCAGUGGAGCUGCAAAGGGAGAACACUGAGGAUGUUCUCAUGCUCGGGGAGCGCUUCAGUGACGCUGACAACUGCCCGCCUGUGCCCACUGGGUCCGGCCCUGUGAGAGAUGUAUGGGAAGAAAUGGACCGCAUACAAAACCAGCAACAUGUUGAGCCAGUGAUAAAGAGGGUGGCAACUGAGGAUGAGCACAGUCAGAACCAGGCCAACCAGAGCCCCGCCGGGUCUAUUCCGAGCUCACCGAGACGAGUGCGAUCUGAGACCAUGUACCUGGGCCGAGCUGUGCCUCUGCUCCGGAAGAUGCGACAGAGCCAGAGCUUGGCGUUUGAAAGGAGGGUCGCACCUGAACCCAAGCCCACUAUUGAACGCUUCCUUGAGUCCUGUCGUGGCAAACCACCUGUCCUUGCUCAGCCUGGGGAGAAAUCCUUGCCUGAUGAGCACUCCGGCACCGGGACUGCCGAGGAGAGCGGCGUCAGCGGGGGCUUUGUUGCAGUCAAUGUUAGUCCUGUGGUCCAAGAGGGAGACUCCCAAGAGUGGGUGAUGCUCGAGCUGGACCAAGGCACUAGUUCCGGAGCCGUCAAGCCUUCAGCUGAAGCCCAACGUGAAGACAAGCUCGCUGGGAUUUGCAGCACGGCUGACUCAGAGAAGCACCCCUCUGGCCCACAGGAUAGUCCGGCUCUACUGGGCAGUCCCCUUCUGUCACACCGCUCUGUAGGUUCAUGGUUACUUGGCCACAAGAGGUUGCCAGGGAUGCUGGGACAGAUGCCCUCAGUCUUAAUGGGAAGACCCCUCAUGGAUCAGUCCCUCAGCUGCACAGCACCAUUUCCUAUCCUUGAGAAGAGUGACACGACGCCUCAGGAAGCCCAGUCCAAUAAACCUGACGAACUCCGAAAAGAUGGAGGAAAGACUGAAAUUGCUCCACCGUCAAGCCCUCUUAAAGGAUCCGCCGCUCUCCUGACAAAAGACCCGGAAAGUGAUUCUGGUCUGCCCGACUGCUCCUCAGAACUAAACCAGCAGCCUCAAGCGGUCUUUCCAGCCAUCACUUCUUUACGGCCCAAAGACUCUCCUUCUUCGCCGAGACUGAGCCGCAUCCCGAUCCGGGACGUCACCACCCCUCCGGACUCUCCGAGUAGGAACCUUCACGGGGACCGACGACACCGCUGGAGCAGCCCGGUCCCUGGGUCCCCCACUCACUCCCCUUCUCCGUCGCUGUCCUGUGAAAACCUGCCGGCCACUUUGCCCCGAGAACGGCUCUCCUCGGAGCGAGGCUCCAGGUCGGACUGUGGAGGAGAAGACCCUCUUUCCCUGUCUUCCUCGUCCGGCAGUAAAAGUAAAAUCCCACGACCCAUGAGCGUCACCUUUGUUCCUGAGCAGGUCACCAGCAGGUUUGCGCCUCACCCGCCUCCUGGAAAACCGACCACAGGCCCCUGUGCCGACCACAGGCGGCGACGUUUGAGGGUACGCGCCAGCAGCACCAGCGACGCCGACUCUUUGUCCAGUCUGAGCCAGCUGGUGCAGGACCGCGGCGGCGUGCUCGUCAGCACCCCCGCCGCUCCCCGCCCUUGCAGCUCGUCCUCCUCCGUCCUGCAGCGUUCGCUCAGCUGCUCGCCGUCCCGCCAGGAGCCCCGCGAUAGCCGGGCGCCUCAGGGACGCAGCUGCUCCCCGUCCAGCUUCUCCGGGUCCUCCUCUCCGACGCCGCUGAUGCCUCCCCCGCCUCCUCGCCACGGCGCCCUGCAAGCUAGGUCCACCGGGCAGGGUCAGUGGGGUCCUCGCUCGACGGGGAGGGGAUUAAGCAAGGAAGGUAAAGGCUCGGGGAAGGUGACUCGGUGAUAAAACAGGAAAGACUGAAAUAGUUUGUGUAAAUACGGUAUUCACUGCAAGGGAAUGUAUACUGUAUGUAUAAGAAAUGUAUUUAUUUGCUACAUUAGCGUACAUUGUAGAAUACCUUCAAGGAGAUUGCUACACUUCAGGAAUGAAAACGGUCGAAACCAAGCUGCAAAGUUCAUAUUGUUCAUGAAACUUCUAUUAGUAGAUUGCACAGUACAGUACAUAUUCCGUACAAUUGACCACUAAAUGGUAACACCCGAAUUAAGUUUUUCAACUUGUUUAAGUCGGGGUCCAGGUUAAUCAAUUCAUGUACAUAGGUCGUCCAAUUAUUGCACAGUCGUAUGUUUAUAUCACGGCGCAAUGCAAACAGUUAUCAUGCUAAACCAGGGGUCACCAACCUUUUUGAAAGCAAGAGCUACUUCUUGGGUACUGAUUAAUGUGAAGGGCUACCAGUUUGAUACACACUUAAAUACAUUGCCAGAAAUAGCCAAUUUGCUCAAUUUACCUUUAAUAAAUAAAUCUAUAUAUACAUAUAUGUAUAUAUAUAUUAAAAAAAAGGGUAUUUCUGUCGGUCAUUUUUUCCUUUUACGGAAGGUUUUUUGUAGAGAAUAAAUGAUGAAAUAAACACUUAAUUGAACGGUUUAAAAGAGGAUAAAACACAAAAAAAAUGAAUAGUUUAUCUUCAAUUUCGACUCUUUAAAAUUCAAAAUUCAACCGAAAAAAAGAUGAGAAAAAUUUGCUAAUUCGAAUCAUUUUGAAAAAAUUAAAUAAAUAAUUUAUGGAACAUCAUUAGCCAUUUUUCCUGAUUAAGAUUAAUUUUAGAAUUUUGAUGACAUGUUUUAAAUAGGUUAAAAUUCAAUCUGCAUUUUGUUAGAAUAUAUAACAAAUUGGACCAAGCUAUAUUUCUAACAAAGACAAAUCAUUAUUUCUUCUAAAUUUUCCAGAACUAAAUUUUAAAAGAAAUUCAAAAUACUUUGAAAUAAGAUCUAAAUUUGAUUCUACAGAUUUUCUAGAUUUGCCAGAAUAAUUUUUUUGAAUUUUAUUUAUAAGUUUGAAGGAAUAUUUCACAAAUAUUCUUUCUGAAAAAAACUGAAGCUAAAAUGAAGAAUUAAAUUAAAAUGUAUUUAUUAUUCUGUACAAUAAAAAAAUAAAAAUACUUGAACAUUAAAUUGUGAGGAAAGAAGAGGAAGGAAUUUAAAAGGUAAAAAGGUAAAUGUGUUUAAAAAUCCUAAAAUCAUUUUUAAGGUUGUAUUUUUUCUCUAAAAUUGUCUUUCUGAAAGUUAUAAGAAGCAAAGUAAAAAAAUUAAAUAAUUUAUUUAAACAAGUGAAGACCGAGUCUUUAAAAUAUUUUCUUGGAUUUUCAAAUUCUAUUUGAGUUUUGUCUCUCUUAGAAUUAAAAAUGUCGAGCAAAGCGAGACCAGCUUGCUAGUAAAUAAAUACAAUUUAAAAAAUAGAGGCAGCUCACUGGUAAGUGCUGCUAUUUGAGCUAUUUUUAGAACAGGCCAGCGGGCAACUCAUCUGGUCCUUACGGGCACCGCGUUGGUGACCCCUGUGCUAAACUAAUGGAAACGCAUACAGAUUCCGACACUUAAAAAUACAGUAAGAGAAAGUAGCGCCAACCUGAGGGAAAAAAGUAAAAUGUUUCUGCUCAUUUUUAGGUCAGAUGGCAAAAGAAUAUGCUAAAAAAAAAAAGCAUAUUCUUCUUAGUUGCCUAAAAAAAGGGAUGUUUGUGGUUUUUGAGUUUCCAUGUCAUCAAUGUGUCUUUCAAUAACUGACACGCCACAUCGUGCCAUUAUGAGACCAAAAUACACUGCAUACACUAUGUUGACAAAAGUAUUUGGCCACCCCUCCAAAUGAUGACAAUCUUGGCCCGGUGUUUAAAAUCAAGCAUUCAGGCACACGGAUUGUGUCUACAUACAUUUUGUGAAAGAAUGGGCCGCUCUCAGUGAUUUCCAGCGUGGAACUCUCAUAGGAUCCAGUCGUGAAAUUUCCAAAGUCAACUUUAUUAUAAUCAAUGUUUGUUUAUAUAGCCCUAAAUCACAAGUGUCUCAAAGGGCUGCACAAGCCACAACGGCAUCCGCGGUACAGAGCCCACACAAGGGCAAGGAAAAACUCCCCCCAAUGGGACGUCGGUGACAAUGACUAUGAGAAACCUUGGAGAGGACCCUCUAGGGGAGACCGAAAGCAAUGGAUGUCGAGCGGGUCUAAUAUAACAUUGUGAAAAUAUAAGAAAAGUGAAGAGUUUGGGAACAACAGCAACUCAGCCACCAAGUGGUAGGCCACGUAAACUGACAGAGAGGGGUCGACAGAUGCCAUACUUGCCAACCUUGAGACCUCCGGAUUUCGGGAGGUAGGGCUGUGGUCAGGGGCGGGGCAUAAUUAAGAGGGGAGGAGUAUAUUUACAGCUACAAUUCACCAAGUCAAAUAUUUCAUACAUAUAUAUAUAUAUAUGUGUGUAUAAGAAAUACUUGACUUUCAGUGAAUUCUAGGUGUAUAUAUAUAUAUAUAUAAUAAAUUAAUUUCAGUAUUCAUUUAUUUACACAUAUACACACACAUAACACUCAUCUACUCAUUGUUGAGUUAAGGGUUGAACUGUUCACCCUUGUUAUAUUCUCUGUCACUAUUUUUCUAACCAUAUGCAUGUGCAGCAGAUGGCAGUAUUGUCCUGUUCAAGCGUGUCACAACAUUGCUGUUUACGGCAGACGAACUGCUUUACGGUAGACGAAAACGUGACUGCUCUUGUUGUGUGUUGUUACCUCGCUGGGAGGACGUUAAUGACACUGCCUAACAAUAAACCCACAUAAGAAACCGAGAACUAGCCCACGAUCAAUCUACAGUUAUAACGUCAUUGGGCAGACACGCUGUUUUUAUUGUGGGAAAGCGGACAUCAAAACAGGCUGUCCUCACUCAGGCCCGCAUGGAGCUGGAGGGGGCGUGGCCUCCAGCUCCGCCUGAAUUUCGGGAGAGGCGCUGAAUUUUGGGAGUCUCCCGGAAAAUUGGGGAGGGUUGGCAAGUAUGACGGAUGUUAAAGCGCAUAGUGCAAAAGACUUUCUGCACAGUCAGUUGCUACAAAGCUCCAAACUUCAUGUGACCUUCCAAUUAGCCCACAUACAGUACGCAGGGAGCUUCACAGAAUGGGUUUCCAUGGCCGAGCAGCUGAAUCUAAGCCAUACAUCGCUGUAAAGCACGCCGCCAAUGGACUCUAGAGCAGUGGAGACGCCUUCUCCGGACUGAUGAAUCACACUUUUCCAUCUGGAAAUCUGAUGGACCAGUCUGGGUCUAGGGGUUGCCAGGAGAACGCGACAUGUCGGACUGCAUUGUGCCGGUGGAGGAGGAAUUAUGUUGUGGGGUUGGUUUUUCAGGAGUUCAGUGAAAGGAACUUUGAAUGCUCCAGGAUACCAAAACAGUCUGGACAAUUCCAUGGGAUGGCACUUCAAGUUUAUAUGUGAGUAAAGGCAGGUGGCUAAAUACUUUUGACAAUAUAGUGUAUAUGGACCAUGCUCAAUAGUAAUGAAUAGUUGCGUAUUAGAAUGUAUCGAAAAGUGCACUUGUUCCGUAUCGCAUGCAAGCAAGCAAGCCAGCAGCAUCGUCGUGUCCUUUUAUUGUUCAUUUGUACAACGUUUGCAUUCCUUUCAAACUGCUUUUCGUCCUGAAAAUACAUGUCAAGCAAAAAUAUUUUCCAUUUUGCUUUCGAUGUUUUGCAUAUCCGCUUAUCACUCUUAAUGUGGUUUGAUGGGAGGAAACGGGCCACGCCGCCCAUCUGACACUUGUUUUGUAACUUCAAAUAUGACUCUUGGUAUUAAAUAAUCAGACAGAAGAUUUUUUUUUUCCACUCACUUUAUUUCCUGCAGGGAGCCCUAGUUUGUUUCCAUUUUUUGUUUUUUUAAAAGGGAGAAAUACUGUACUUAAAAACACGUUUACGAAGUGAUGGCAUCUAUUUAACAAGACCAGAGGCAAGGAAUUAAAAAAAGACAUAAUUCAAUUUGGCUCAAUAAUGAGAAACGCGUACACCUGUACUCUAGUACAGUGUUCAGACUAUACCCCUCCUCUUUUAUAGACUUAGACAAACUUUAGAUUAGAUUAGAUUAGAUAGUACUUUAUUUAUUCCAUCAGGAGAGUUCCUUCAGGAAAAUUAAAAUUUUCAGCACAAUCCCAUUCAAGAUCAGACAAACAUUACAGGGAGACAGAACAGGAUCGCUGACGGGUCUACCGGCUUCCAG